AUGAGUUAUCUCAUUUCUUCUUUUUUUGUUUUAAUCAACUCUUUCACUUUUUUGUUACAUGACUUUGAUUUCUUUAUUGUUUAUUUUUUAUAUACCUUUUUUUCUUUCAUUUGUUAUAUUAUCUUUUUUAAUGUUCUACUCUUGGUUCUUCAGUACUCUCUUUAUCUUUUAAUGUUGUCUUUAAAUUUUUUUCAUUCAACACACUGUACUCUCACUACACUUUCCUUAAUUGAUCUUUGUUGUUAUUGUUUUGUUUCUUAUACAUUGUCAUUAAAUCAUUUAGUUAUGGCUUUCCAUAAUAUUUUAUGUUUCACCGCCCAAGAAUAUUAA